AUGUGCAUAAUCUACAUGCGCGAAUACACCUGCGGCUGCGAAGAAGAAGAAGAGUUCGUGCAGUGCGAAAAACGACUAGGCACCAACGUGCGCUGCGACCCCGUGCGAGAGAUCGCGCGGCCGGCCUCGAUGCACAUGUGUCGGCACCACAUGGUGCGUGAGGGGAAGGAUGAGAUGCAUAGUAAAGCUUAG